AUGAAAAAAUUCCGUCCUGGUUACCGCUUAGGACCCACCCAAGCUACCGCUGGCUCAGAAGAUGCUUUCUCCGAGGUACUCGUGAAGCCUUUCGUCAAUAUCGUAGCCAGGAACUUGGAACCUGAAGAUUGUAAAGCUGGAUUUUUUAAAGGUCAGCCCAUUCUGGAGAGCAUGACAAGUCAAUUAAGACUUCAAAAAGUAUUUGUUGACCUGAAAAGUCAAUAUAAAAAUGAUGGGUUAGUGAAGCUCUUUGGCUUGAAAGAAAUUGGGGUCUUUCUGGGGAUGUUUGGUGGAGUAGCAAUGUUGAAGUCAAUCGUUGAUCAUUAUUCCUGCGCUUCCAUUGAAAGCUUUGAAAAUGUGAAGGUCUUCUUCUUGAAUGCAGUUGGCAAACAGUUGCACCUCUGGAGCCUUUCGUUCAAGAUAAAUAGGAUAUUUGAUAUGUGGAUAGAAGGCUCUCUUCUUCUCAUACCAGAUUUCUCUGAAAACGAUGACUUUGUUCCUGACUUGGCGCAGUUCUGUUGGAACAUGAAGGCAAAACGCUUUAUCAUACCGUUCUAUCUCGCUACGCUUGGUUGCGGCGCCGCCCUGCGGGCUCUUUUAACCCAGAUGCUUAGUAUGAUGGCUCAAUUGUGUUGUUUUUGCAUCUUCGAUUCGCUACAGUAG